AUGGGAGAGUGUAAGUUGCAUAGGCCAACUUGCCAAUUUCGCUCCACAGAACCUACAAGUUGUGAUGAGGUUGUAGGUGUGGUUGAAGUGACAGUGGAUGGACAUGGAAGGAUCAUGAAGCGCGUGAGAGGGACGCGGUGUGAGGCGUGUGGUUCGGGUGAGAAUAUGAGGCGCCCCCACUAA